CUACGUCUAAUAGACACGCAAACCGGCCGGUUUGCGAUCUUUAAAGAUCCCUCCAAAGCAGACUAUAUUGCCCUCUCUCAUGUGACGGCGAAGCCAAGCAACAAUGAACACAUGGAACGCGAGGUCUUACGAGAGCGGACCUACCAAGAUCUCAUCGCGCUACAAGCAUCACUCCACGACGGAGACAGCCUCCUCGAGUCGCUUCCCCACACAGACAAACUUCGAAAUGCCUGCCGAGUCUCCCUCCAGAUGGGCUACAAGUACAUCUGGAUCGACACCUGCUGCGUCGACCAAAGUGACGCCGCCGCAUUCGCCGCAGCAAACAGCGCUACCUACUCGUGGUACCGCCAGUCCAGCGCCUGCCUCGUCUUCCUCCACGACGUCGACCCCCGCGGUCCCUCCGACACCGACGCCUACUCCCUCAUACCCCGGCUCCUGCAGAGCGAAUGGUUCCGUCGCGGCUGGACGCUCCAGGAGCUCCUCGCCCCCAACCACGUCCUCUUCAUCGCCCACGACUGGUCCCUCCUCGGCACGAAGGCAACCCUCGCACACACGAUGCACGCCGCGACGGGUAUCGACCCCGCGGUGCUCACGCGCACCCGCGCGCUCGCGGACGUGUCCGUCGCGGAACGCCUCUCGUGGGCCGCCGCGCGGCGCACGCUUAUCGCUGAAGACGAGGCGUAUUGCCUCGCAGGCAUCUUCGAUGUGCGCGUAGAGCCAGCGUACGGGGAGGGGGGCGCGCGGGCGUUCUCGCGGGUGCAGCGCGCGAUCUAUGAGCGCACCCAGGACCAGAGCAUCUUCGCGUGGGGCGCGCGAGUGCAGGACGGGGUGUCGCUCGGGGGCGGUUCUGGCCUGCGCUGGGGCGGUGCGGGGAUGGGCGGCGUGCCGGCGCUGCUGCCCGCGCCGUCCCCGCGUCUGUUUGCCUCUUGCGCCGAUAUCAAGGCGCUCUCUGCGGAUGCUCUUGCGCGGAAGCUUGGAGGAAGGUCGGCGCUCCCAGACUUCGAGGUUACGCCCUAUGGUCUGCGCGCGCGGCUUCCUCUGGUCGAGGGCUCCGACGAUAGUGGCGUCUCCUACCAUCUCACCUUCCUUGCUUGCGAAGACCGUGAAGGAAGAUACAUCGCCCUCCUCUUG